UGUGGUUUUGUCUUUUGUUCUAAAGAUGGCUGCAUUUAGGUUGGGUCGUAUUCUUCGUUUCAAUUCCUUUUUUGCUGGACGCCAGCCACUGAGGGCUUUAUCUGGACCCUCUGCAAGAGAAGCCUCCUCCUCCUCCUCUAGCACAGAAGAGGUCAUCGAACGAGAGCUGUCUUACGGGGCUCAUAAUUACAAACCUGUACCUGUGGCCAUAGCUAGGGGAGAGGGUGUCCACGUAUGGGAUGUUGAGGGAAGGAGGUACUUGGACUUCCUCAGUGCCUACUCUGCCCUCAAUCAGGGCCACUGUCACCCAAAGAUAGUCCAAGCAAUGAUGGACCAAGCUCAUACACUCACCCUGACCUCAAGGGCCUUUUAUACAGAUACACUUGGGGGGUAUCAGGAAUUUAUGACAAAGCUUUUCGGCUACGAUAAGCUCCUCCCGAUGAAUUCAGGAGUGGAGGCAGCUGAGACUGCAGUUAAACUUGCUAGGAGGUGGGGCUAUGAUGUAAAGGGUAUCCCCCAUAACCAAGCUAAGGUUGUUUUUGUUGAGGGUAACUUCUGGGGCCGUUCAAUAGCGGCAGUGUCCAGUUCUGUUGAUCCUGAGAACUAUGGCGGGUAUGGUCCUUAUGUGCCAGGAUUUGUUAUUGUACCGUAUGAUGACGUAGAGGCAUUGGAAAGGGUUCUAACUGAUCCCACGGUAGCUGGCCUCAUGCUGGAACCAAUCCAAGGUGAAGCAGGUGUAGUCUUACCACAAGAUGGCUACCUAAAGAAAGUGUCUGAUCUUUGUAAAGCUAACAAUGUUUUAUUCAUUGCUGAUGAAAUACAAACCGGAUUGGGAAGAACUGGAAAAUUAUUGGCGUGUGAUCAUGAAGGUGUUCGACCUGAUGUGGUUGUACUGGGCAAAGCUCUUUCAGGAGGAAUGUUUCCUAUCUCUGCAGUUUUGGCUGACAAUGAUGUCAUGUUGACUGUUAGACCAGGACAGCAUGGAUCAACUUAUGGUGGGAGUCCUCUUGCCUGCAAAGUGGCUAUGGCCAGUAUGAAGGUAAUUCUUGAAGAGAAAUUGACUGAGAAUGCAGCUGCACUUGGAUCUAUCCUUGAGAGAGAGUUGAGGGACCUACCUGCCUCCAUCGUAUCAGCCACUAGAGGGAGGGGUCUUCUACAUGCUCUUGUCAUCAAGAGACUAUCCAACGAUGCUAAUGCUUGGACUGUUUGUCUGAGACUGAGGGAUAGCGGGCUACUAGCUAAACCGACUCACGAUGACAUCAUUCGGUUUGCUCCUCCCCUCAUCAUCACAGAGACACAGCUAAUGGAAGCAGUGUCCAUCAUUAAGAAAGUCAUUUCAUCUUUUGAUUAGCAACAGAUCAUUUUAAUUAUAAUGAAAACAUUCCUUUUGUCAUUGAGCAGUAAAA